CCUAUUUCAAUUCAAUCCGGAACGAACGAUUCGUGACUAAAAAUCGACACAAAACAAUGAGAAUUCCCGUGAAACCUGCCAAUGCCCGCAACUCCGAUUUUUGAUUUUUGAAAUCCUUCGAUCAUUUCCUUGUCCUCAACGUAGAGUAGCACUAGUGAAACGACGGUACAGUACUUGCGGUGCCGUACUACGAUAUUGUAGGGGUUCCCCAUGGACAAUUCUGCACAACAGGCUUCAAGGCCUUGAUGCAAAGGACGAACACAGAAAACGACACCCCGUGUUUAUCGAAACAAACGCCGGAGGAUUUCCAACACCCUGUGUCGCACCCUCUUCUAGCACCGCUUCGAAACGGUACGAGGCAGAGCGAGAGAGAGGCAGCAAGAACAGAAGCACAGCACAGCACAGCACAGCACACAGUCGUAGGGUGCCGCAGCAGCCGCUGGGAAUCUCCGGAACCCUUCUUCCGAAGCGCCCCUGCACCGCACCGCACCGCACUUCCCGCCACCAUGCUGCGGAGCCUCCUGGGGGGGGCGGCGGCCGUUGCCGGGGAUCCCGGCGGAGCGUCGCGGAGCCACGCCGGGCCGGAAGCCGGGAAGCGGCCCGAUCCGCAGCGAGACAGCGAACGGGGGGGCCUUCCUUCCCCGGGGGCCUCCGCGGGCCACCCGGCUUCCGGGGACGAAGCGGUCGACGAGGACGAGCUGGCGGGGAGCCUGCUGGUCCAGUUCCCCACCUACGGGACCCAGAGCCAGGCCCUGAGCAACCAUAGCUCGACCCAGUGGCAGGAAAAGACCGCGGACUGGCUGCUGGGCGGGACCUCGAGCAUUCCCACGCCGAAGCAGCAGCUCCAGCGGCAGCAGCAGAUGCAGCAGCAGCAACAGCAGCAACAACAACAGCAACAGCAACAGGCGAACGGAGCCAGCAGCAACAGCAACAACAACAGCAGCAGCAACAGCAGCAACAACAACAGCAACAGCAACAGGCGAACGGAGCCAGCAGCAACAGCAACAACAACAGCGGCAACCACAACCACGGCAGCAACAAGUUGCCAACGGUGUUGGAACACAGUGCCAGCGAUCAUUUCGAAGAAGCCGGCUACAAGACCCACCACGCAAGCAAUGCCUCGCGCGAGCAGCACAAGCUCGUGAAUUCUCGAGACUGGUCGAUCGACGAGCAGCUCCUGUGGAAGUCCCACAAAUUCCGUGCAUCCGGCGAUGCCUUCGGGGAAACGGCUGCAAGUCCAAAUCCAAAUCCAGCCCUCGAGCUGUUGCCACCGAGGGAACGCGAUGCGGCAUACCAGAAACCGAUCCUGGAUGACCCGUCGAGGGAUUUCCUGGCUGCCUAUUACUACCACGUCGGGGUCAUGCCAAGGGCACAAGGCCGAGCGAAAGAGACGAGACGGAUGUACCUCCACAAGAACGACGGCGGGGGCAAUGCGCUGCAGAAGCAGCUGCAGCUCCAGGGCCUGAUCAAAAAGCAUUCUUCGCCCUACCACGUCAACAACGAUAUCCAAAAAGACGUUUCGUUCCUCGGAGGGAUGGCGGCCCUGCCCAACAUUCUCGAGGAAAAGGAAGCCGAGGGCGGCGAUCACACGGACGUCGUCCGCUACCGUCCGUACCACGCCUCUGUGCCGUCCGGGGGGGCCGGCACCGGCAAGGAGGGCGGCGUUUGCCCCGUGGCGUCCCCAUCCGGGGUCACCAGCAUCGCCGAGGUCGCCUGGAUGCCGGACCGCCUGUGCAAGAUAUGCUAUUCGUGCGACGCACCCUUUACGGUCUUUCGGCGCCGGCACCACUGCCGCAUAUGCGGCCAGGUCUUUUGCAACACCUGCUCCGGCUACUUUGUUCCCGCGUCGUCGACGGCCCCCUCGUCGUCGUCGUCGUCGUCGCAGAAGCUCCUGCCGGCGUCGCCCGAGUCUCCCCAGAGAUAUUCGAGCUACGAAAUCGGCGGUCCCGGAUCCACCACGCCCUCGAGGCCCACCGUUUCGUCCCAGUCGUCCCCCCUGGCGUCCUUUGGUCCCGGUGGAAGCAAAGACGGCAGCGGCACCACGAACAGCAAGAUCACCAUACGGACCUGCAAGAUGUGCUUCGACCAGGUGACGGCCCGCCAGGAAAAACAAAAGAAACUCGACGCGGCGGACGAGGACCGGAAGCGGCAGCUAACUAAGGGACCCAAGAGCACCACCACCACCACCAGCGUCGAUACCAUUGCCAACGCGAACCAGCACGGCGGCGUCAAGAUCACGGUGCAGUCCUCGGAUUCCGAAACCAUUUCGUCUCGCUUGCAAGACCUGCGAAUAAACGGAAUCGACGGUUUGCUGAUGGGAGACAAGGAUCCCGGGGCAACGGACAAGGCCUCGCCCUUUCUGGCUUCGAAACGCCAGACGAGCCAUUCGUCCUCGACGUCGUCCCUCGCCAACAUGGAUCGAUCGAGUGCGGUGGAAGAAGGAAACCGCCACCUGGGCUCGGUCGCGGCCAGCCACCUGGAACAAAUGACGGCGUCACUGCUGGAGUCGGACGCGCCCAUACUCUGGAACACCCUCUGCGACGAGCGGGCGGCCCUCGGCGGGGACGGUCCGACAUCCAGGGCCGACGCCGAGAGACGCUUUCGCUCCCGGUGGGUCAACAAGCUGAUGAGCCUGGCCACGCGGUGCUGCGCGACGGUCGAUACCAACAUCAAGCGCGGAGACAUGCUAGACGUUCGGCCCUACGUGAAGAUCAAAGGUACGUACUUCUAUUUCAUUUCUCGACCAUUUCGGUUGGCAUCGUUCGCAUCGUUCGUUGUUGGCCGUGCUUUUGAACCCCUGCCUGUUUUUGGAAUCCAGAAAGGCUUGUCUGGCGUGCCGCCGAUCUCACCUCGCCUCCGUUCUCGACGGUUUGGACCUUCUCCUCGAUUCCCAACCAGUGAUUCCCGGUGGAUCCUGCGACGAUUGUGCCUACAUCAGUGGGAUUGCUUUCAGAAAGACCGGAACGAGCAAGCAAAUGCCCCGGGAAAUAAUAAAUCCAAAGAUCAUGGUAAGUUGUGGAUCGAAUUCUUUGCCAUCUCUGCCCUCUGGUUUGCAAUCCAACAAGUUCCAACACGGUUUCUUUCCAUCGCUUUCAUCGGUUCAAAGUUGUUGAGCGGUGGCAUUGAAUUUACACGGACCGCCCGGAUAGCUUCGCUGGACACGUUGUUGGAACAAGAAGACAAGUACAUCGAAAUAUUGGUCGGCAAGAUCCUGAAGCUCGAACCGGACGUUUUAAUGGUAGGAAAGGGAGUUAGUCGCAGAGCCCAGGAUUUGCUCAUAGAAAACAACGUGCAACUUUUACAGCAGGUGAAAGCGUCGCUCCUGAACCGAAUCUCGCGACAAACCGGUGCCACAAUCAUUAGCAGCACCGAUCACAUCAUGAAUCAAUUCGGAGCCCAUGUCCUUGGGAAGUGUCACCGAUUUCGCUUCAUUGUUGCGCGCGACAACGAAUCCUGGGUCAGCGGACCCUCGGGUGCGGUUUCGAACGGACAGCACCACAUCCAAACACUGCUGGAAAACGAGAAACUCAGCAACCACGAACGACAAGCAGCCCUUGCUGCAAAAAUGCUGGGAGAGGAUAUUCUAGAUGGAUCGGAAGCAAUCCGAAGCGGGCUUGCCAAACGUGGCGUUACGCAGACGUAUGCCUUGCUAGAGGGCUGUCCAAAACAGCUCGGAUGCACGGUUGUUUUGAGGGGGGCGAACAAGGCUGCGUUGAAACAGAUCAAAAACGUCUUUCGAUUUCUUGUGGGCGCCGCUUACAACGUAAAGCUGGAGAUGUCGUACCUGAAAGAACGGUGUGCACGGUUGCCCCCGGACUACAAGGUGGAGAAAAAGAACCUCUUCAGUUCUUCGUUCUGUGUGGAUUACGGCACUCCUCCCAACAGCCGCAAAGUUCGACCGUGGAACGGCGGAACAAACAACGAAGGCAUACAGCGUUCCAUAUCGGGGCAGAUCACCGCUUUUGAUCACCAAUCGAUUCUCAUCACGUCAGUCUGGAUGACUGACAAAACUCAGUGUUGCCCGGCCGAAGUAAAGGGAAUAUGUUACUAUUCCGUACAAGACGUCUCGCUCGGUCAGUUUCUAAGGGAUUCGUGCUUCAAUCUCUCGCUAAAAUGUCAAAAUCCGAGCUGCAAGAAGUCUGUGCUCGAUCAUUCGUUAUCGUUCGUUCACAAUGAUGGAUUGAUAAACAUAACUGUAGAUCACAUGGACGAACCUCUCCCGCCAGCACCAGUCGAUUCUACUCAAACGAACGAUAGCUCGAAGCAUGCCGAUGACGAUUCCGAAGAACUAGACGAUAGUCCUAUUGCCACUUGGACUUAUUGUAACGAAUGUGGGAAGGUUGUCACGCCCUUAACCUGGCUCUCUGAAAAUACUUGGAAGUAUUCUUUUGGAAAAUUUCUUGAAUCAUUCUUCUACAACAGAGACCUGAUCAUGAACUCACCACAGAGCGAUUGCGCGUGCAAUCUCCAAGAAUCCACAACUUUGUUCUUCGGAUGUGGCCGUCUCGCAGCAAAAUUCACUUAUGAAAGAAUUCGACCUUUUGGUGUUUUUGUCAGAAAGUCUCUACCCAUUGAUACUACGUUUCACCGUGCGAGGGCUCAGCACCAUUUGGAAAAGAUUUCCAUUUCGUCGAGCUCUCUCUUUGUUAAAUUUGACAAACAUAUUGAAAAAGUGGCAAGAGAAGCUCGGUCAGUGCAACGAAUUUCAGACAAUCAAAACCUGCAAACCGUUAUCAGUGAGCUCAGUAGAAUUAGCAACGAAGUAGAUCAUGCAGCAAAAACCCUUCAGGAGAAAAUUGCGUCUGUUUCCGCGAAAUGUUUGAACGAACACGGUGGUAUUGUUAAUGAUGCAGCUCUCUUUCGAUUUCCAUGGCAUGCAAGGCGUUUCCUUUUCAUGCUGACAUCAGCCUGGAACGAGAAGUUAAGUGCCGCGGGACAGGCGAUUGUUGCGAUGAAAAAAUUAUCUUCAGUUUCACAACGCAACGACAGUGGAAUGGGGUCGAAUGUACCUGCAAUUGUGGCUGGUGAUCAGAAUACCGAAGAGUUGAACGAAGGGAUGAGAAGACUCCGUCAACUCCACGAAGUGUACUCUCGGUACAAUCUAACGGAUAUUCACACCGUCUUGCCUACGAUACCCGGGAACACAGACCAGAAGGUUGUAGAAACUGAGUUUGAUGAUGAUUUUGAAGAUCCAGAAGGCGCCAUCGACUUUUCAGCUGAAGUUGAUGCUGAUGUCUUGGCUUCCAGACGACGUCUUUACAGCGCAAAUGUUCUUCCCCAGACAACUGACUCUUCGCGACUAGGAGUAAAGGCUUUGGCGAGACGGGAACAGGAUAGAACACCAAAUUCGCAAAUAAAGCAAACUCCUGGAGCUACUGUAAAGUCCGCCAUCACUCGUUUCUUCCAGCGUGGAGGUAGAGAACGAGAUCCAUAUGUUGUGGAUCUGGGUUUAUUUCACGACGGUCGACCGAGACUUGAGCCUGGUGUUAAUGGCAUCGUUGUACCUGUUAUUGACGAACAACUAUCCACUGUCAUCGCAUAUUCCCUUUCAUCCAAAGAAUACGACAAUCAGUUCCAAAAUUAUUCAAAGGUAGAAAAUGCGAGUCCUGAAACUUCAAGCGAUGUGGGCACACUACCAAAUGUACCUCCCAAAUCAGUUUCGGAUGGAAAUCAUCGAAAUCCACCGAGUGAUUCUCAAGAAAAUCAACCCAGGGGACAGACACCGUCUAAUACACCCAGCUCGUCUGGAAAGAAAGAUAUAGAAAGGAGAAUGUUAGUGAGAAACAAGUCCCAUAUUAAACAUACUUUCCGCGAUCUUGACGAAAAGGGACAGAACCUGUGCAAGUUCGUUUGUACGACAUAUUGGGCGACUCAAUUUCAUGCCGUUCGUGAGGCCUUCUUAUCGCAAGGCAGUAGUUCCAAAGAUUCCACGAAUGAUUCUGCUUUUGGCAUACAAUCUGGCUUGGAUAUCGAGAAGUCGUAUAUUUUGAGUUUGUCCUCUGCCUAUUCAUGGGCUGCAAGUGGAGGGAAAAGUGGGGCAAGCUUCGCACGCACUGCUGAUGAUCGUUUUGUUAUCAAGUGCAUUUCACGAACAGAACUUCAAAUGUUUUUAGAUUGCGCUCCAGCGUACUUUGAAUACCUGAGCAAGGCGUUUUUCCACGGUUUGUAUGUACUCAAUCAAAAUUUCGGACUUCAAUCGAUUUGCUUUGACUGUAAACUCAUACUAACUCAUGGUAUAUUUCUCUCUUUUCGAAUAGACCAACUGUCCUUUGCAAGAUCGUGGGUGUUUAUCAGAUUGGUUAUCACAACCGAGUAACUGGCAAAAGGAGUAUGGAACAAGUGGCUGUGAUGCAGGUGAGUUUCGCUUGUCAUGUUUGUUUCGCUUUUGCAUGCAUACAGAAUCAACGAUUGCCCAAACCAGCUGUCGCAAAAUCCAUCUAUCUUGCUUCUCCUUUGCGCAGAAUAUAUUUUAUAACAAGAAAAUAACGAAGACGUUUGACCUGAAAGGUUCGCUUCGAGGUCGUUUUGCAGCUCAAAUGAAAAAUAAUUAUGAGGAACAUAGCAGUCCCAAUAUUUCGAACAACGUGGGUGGACACAGCGCUGACUCUGCAAGCGGGCACCGGAAACAUUCUUCAGAGUCUGGUUAUGAGGUGGGUGGAAGAAGUGCUGUCGAGGAUUACUUAAAUGGCAAUGAUCGGGAAGAUGGUAUAGAUAGUAAGAAUUCUAGAAAAGAUGGUCCUGAUGCUCCACGAACGCUCUUGGAUGGGGACUUUUUAGAAACGACUCAUGGCCGACCUAUGCCGAUGCAUGAUCGUGCCAAAGAAGUCUUCCACAUGAGCAUUUUGAACGACACGCUGUUUCUCUCCAUCAUAAAUGUCCUUGACUAUUCCAUUUUGGUGGGUAUUGACGAAGAAAAAAUGGAAUUAGUGGUAGGAAUAAUUGAUUUUAUGAGGCAGUAUGACAUAUUGAAACAAAUGGAACGUGUUGGUAAAUCUUUACCGAUGGUGGUGGGGAGUGAAGCUCCAACCAUUAUUCAGCCACCCCUGUACAAGGCACGUUUCACAAAUGCAAUGGAACGGUAUUUCAUGACGGUUCCGAGCAAGUGGACCACUAUAUAAACUUAAUCCUGAAGAAGUAUUCCGCACUUGAUCCUGUAAAACUAUUCUGCACUAUCUUUAAUAAUAGUUUGCUAAGCCACCACUAGCAACACAAAGAAAGACAAUUUCUUGUUCAGCUUUGGUCUCAUACUGGAGAGGGCUAUUAUUGUGUUAAUAAAAUUGUAUUAUGCAC